AACUCCCACGCGCCAUUCCACAACGCUUUCCUUUUUCUCCCAAGCCCAUCCGUUCACAUCACUUUAAACCCUCCAAAAAGCCAAACAAAAACCACACCAUUAUCACUCCACCCAUCCCAAAAGGCAAAGCAUAAAUACCAUAAUUGAAAUCCGAAAUUCCAAUCCUCUUCCUAUCAUGGACGAAUCUGAGGAGUACCCCAAGGACAUGUACCAAUCCGACAGCCAGAGGAUGACGUCAUCAUCGUCGUCUUCGACGUCGACGACGAGCGUGCACGUGACGGCGCUGGACGGGCUGGUGAACGUGAACUCGCUGUUCACGAUCGCGGUGUUCGUGGGGCUGUCGCUGACGACGCCGGGGCAGCAGAGCCUCGAGAACCGCGCCUGCGACGCCGGGAUCGACGUGGCCAAGAAGCUUCUGGUCUUCGAGGUGGUGUCGUUCAGCUUUUUCCUCUUCUCGUCGCUGGUGGCGCAGGGGCUUAAGCUCGCCAUUAACCUCCUCAACAGCAAGGACGUCGACGAGGCCUUCCGGGCCCACAUCAACCUCAAGGUCCUCCGCCUCGGCAUGCUCGGCUCCGCCGUCGGAUCCGUCAUGGGCUGCGUCUUCCUUAUGCUGUCCAUGGUCAACGUCAUCGAGAUCCGCUUGGGUAUGCUCUCCUGCGGUAGCAAAUCUGCUGUUCAUGCGGUUGUUGCCUUGGUUGUUUUGGUAUCUUCAGCUCUUUUGGUUUAUAUUUCCACAGCCAUCUAUGCCUUUCUUCACUAAGACAUGUCAAAUAUCUCGUCUUACCAAAAAAAAAAAAAAAGGUUAUUAAAGUUGUGUACAUGUUCUGUCCCUCACUCAUUUCAAAAAUUUGUUUUUCCUGGUUUUUUUUUUUUUUUAAUCUGCGGACAAUCUUGAC